CUCGGAUCUGAAGACUAAUGGAUGUCUCGCGCCUCGUGUGCAGAUCUGCAUCCUGACGAGGAUUACAAGGUGCACACGUCCACCGAAGAGAACAUCGCAUGUCACCGAGGCGUUGGCCCUGCUGGCACUUACGGCGCCGAAACUUCGGAUUGCGAUUCGCCCUUAGCGCUGGUCGAUGCGACCCUCAAUUGGGUCGCCGCCAAUUUGAAAGAUUCUAUUGAUUUCGUCGUCUGGACCGGCGACUCGGCCCGCCACGACAGCGACGAGCGACUACCCCGCCGCAAUGCGGACAUCCUAGCUAUGAACCGUAGAAUCGCAAAUUCGUUCGUCAGCACAUUUUCGGAUACCGAGGGCUUGGUGGUCCCCGUUGUCCCAACUUUCGGUAACAAUGAUAUCUACCCACAUAACAUCUUGAUGCCGGGCCCGAACCAGAUUCUCAGAGACUACAAUGACAUCUGGCAGAGCUUCAUCCCCGAAGCUCAGCGGCACACCUUUGAAUAUGGAGGCUGGUUCUUCGCCGAGGUCAUCCCAGACAAGCUUGCCGUCUUCAGUCUCAACACCAUGUACUUCUUUGACCGCAAUGCGGGGGUUGAUGAUUGUACACAACCGUCGGAACCCGGGUACAAGCAUUUCGAGUGGCUCCAGGUCCAGUUGCAGUUCCUCCGAGAUCGUGGCAUGAAGGCCAUUCUCAUGGGGCACGUACCUCCCGCAAGAACUGAGGGAAAGCAGCUUUGGGACGAGACGUGCUGGCAGAAAUAUACUCUCUGGCUGCAGCAGUAUCGGGACGUGGUCGCCGGCUCCUUGUAUGGCCAUAUGAACAUCGACCAUUUCCUGCUGCAAGAUACGCAUGAAAUCGACCUCGCAUUGAUGGAACCCGAAUCUCACCAAACGGUAGCCAUCCGCGAGUCCAUGGAGGAAGAAUUCUCGGUAGAGUCGAGCACGGACUACCUCAUGGAAUUACGGGAUAACUGGUCUAAAUUGCCGAACCCCAUCGGCAAAGCCAUCGAGGAGACGGGCAAGAAAAAGAAGAAGCACGGGAAAAACAAGGACAAAUUGGGCGGCCCGUGGGCGGAGCGAUACCAGCUCUCUCUCAUUAGCCCGAGUGUGGUUCCAAACUAUUUCCCCUCUCUUCGAGUUUUCGAGUACAACAUCACCGGAAUCGAAGAUACCCCAACCUGGGUGGACACAGUCCGCAACAGGCCCGCCGGUGGUAAAUCCUUGGUUCUCGAGCCCGGAUCGCGCAACCUCGAACUGCGCAGCGAACAAGAUGUCAGGAUCGAGGAAAGGAAUCGGGAUGAGAAGAAGGGCAGAGGGGGACUCAAGACCUCCCGUGUAGGGAUUCCAAAGCCGCCGGCCGAGGACGCCCUACCAGGCCCGGCGUACUUCCCUCAGCCCCUGACGUUCCUGGGCUUCACGCAGUACUACGCCAACCUGACGUACAUCAACAACGACAUCGGCGACGGCCGCGAAGCCGACUGGGCGUCGUCGGCGGGGUGGAACGCGGGGAAGCACAAGGACAAGAAGCCGCAGUCCGACGUGCCCCGGCCGAAGGAGUUCAGCUUCGAGGUCGAGUACACCACGUUCGACGACAGGAUCUACGGGCUGCAAGACCUGACGGUGAAGAGCCUGCUGCGGCUCGCCCAUCGGAUCGGGCAGACCUCGUCGAGCAGCUCCGACGACCUCGCCGAGCGGUUCGAGGACCAAGACGAGCGAGACCCGCCGGGUGACGGGCUCGAGAGCGAGAAGAAGAACAAGAAAAAGAAGAACAAGAACAAGAAGAAGAAGAAGGACACCGAGAUCUGGCUUCACUUCCUGAAGCACGCCUUCGUCAGCACCAGGAGCAUAGACGAGCUGAGGAAUCUGGACUAGACUAGACGGAGCAGAGGACGGCCCGGUUGGGCGGUCACGUUUCUUUUUUUCCUUUCUGUCCUUUUCGGCGGGUUUUUUUUUUACCACACAUCAGCGAGGGGUUUGGAAGCAUAUACAUAUAUACGCAUCGACGGGGUUCGUCGGGUCUAGGGGCGGGCAUGUCCGUGUACGCGCAACGUGCGCACAUUUUCGGGGUCAGACGAGAAGGCGUUGCGGGCCCGGUUCGACGGGCCCAGGGACGGGAACGGCGCAACGGGUAGGCCGAGUUUACCGCUAUUCAUCAUCUGUCACGAGCACACGUAUCCGUGCAGAGGAGGUGCGCGUGUGAACGUGUGUGUAGGUAAGUUAGGUAGACUAUACGACGGCAUGAUUAUCACGACGUCAAAUUGGCGCGUCUUGCGG